AUGCUCACGGAGGACCUCGUGUCCGCCGUCUGCGGGCCCCCCCUCGCUGCCAACACCGCCGUACCCAAAGACGUUGGCAUCUACACUCACACCCUAGCCCCCGCCUGGCGUCUCAAGGCCACCUUCAAGAAGAGCUCUGUUGGUCCAAACUGCCUCGCCAUCAGCGACACUCACGUCUUUGCCGCUCAGGACCAAAAAUCUCACGUUCAUGUCUACUCACGCCAGCGUGGUACCCAAGAAGCCCUCAUUUCUUUUCAGGAGAGGAUACGAAGCGUGGCUCUCGCAGGAAACGUCUUGCUUCUGGGAACUGCCGAGGGCAGAUUGAUGCUCUGGGAGACGUCAACUGGUCGCCUAAUCACCACGCCACCCUGUCAUGUGCAAGCAGUUUCCUGCCUUGCCACUACAGACAGCCACGUGUUGACUGCUUCUGAUGACUCAAACAUCAAUGUCUGGUCUCUGGCUAGGCUGCUCGAGUACGCCGCCGACCCUGGCUUUGAGCCUGGUCUGACUCUCUCCAACCACCGUGGAGCCAUCACCGCUCUCGUUGUGGCAUCUGGCGAUAAUGCCGAGACGAGCCUUUGUGUCUCCUCGAGCAAAGACAAGACAUGCAUCCUGUGGAACUACCAGACUGGACAAGUCUUGAGGACUCUACUCUUCCCAUCAAUACCCCUUUGCGCCACCCUGGACCCUUGUGCCCGAGCUCUCGUUGUCGCCGCCGAGGACGGUUCCAUCUUCUUUGUUGAAUUCUUUGGUGAUAAGCCGCUGCUAGGCUCUCGAAGUACGGAGUCGUCCUCCAUCGUCGUUCAGGUCAACUCGCCUCUGGGUGUUGCCGACGCCGAUGCUGGCCCGGCCAACUGUUUGGCUUUGAACUAUAACGGCACAACGCUCAUUACUGGUCACACAAAAGGCAAGAUCUUGAGAUGGAAUUUGACCGACAACAGUCAUCCAGCCGAGCUCGCAAACCUAAACGCCUCUGUCACGAACCUGGCAUUCGUUUCGCUCUUCACAUCGCAACCGUCUCACCAGACGCCCACGGUGGUCAAGCCGAACCAGUCCCAGCGCCAGUAUACGCUCUCUACACAGAUAACAGGAGAUUCGGAAGCUUCUCGCUUCAGCGAAAUGCUGAACACGCCUGGGUUUUCUGAUGACACUAUCACAAGAGCGCUGCAUGCCUUUGCACCGCCAGCGGCAAACUCGGAUGCUGCAUGA